AUGUGUAGGGGUCCAAAUCAAAUUGAUCAAGACUACAAUUCACUUGGAUUUGUCGAAGGUGUUCAUAAAUGGGCAGAACUGGUCAAGAAAUUAAAACCGUACUUUAUUCUCAAAGUACAUGACCAGUUCUCCGCCGCUAUACUUGAAUUUAUGAGUCACGAUCAAGCUACUGAAGACAUACUUGUAUGUUGUACUCUGAUGCUACUGAACUGCUGUGUGAAACCCUGCAAGAUCAACAAAAAUGUCCGGCCAACGAUACUCUCUGCCCAGGAAGAUACAUUGUUGUUUGCUGAAAACCUGGAAAGCGGUGUGGACCUUAUCCGUAAACUUAUCGAAACGUAUGCAGCACAAGGAGUUGCUGCUCACCCUAAAAUUUUGGCAAUUGGUUCAAGCUACAGAAAGCUUACUGGAGAAUUCUAUGUGAUAUUCAACCGUGUUCAGUACAAAGUUGAUUCAGCUGCUCGUGCGGUAGAUAUUAUGAUCAAGAUGUGCAACGUUAUGAAUCAACCAUUUUCGAAGGUUACAAAACUCGUGUGGUACACCGUUGAGGAAGUCCUGUAUGAUAUUCGCGCACCCGCUCAAUACAAAGAAAUCGAAUCCAUCAAAAAACUUCUGAAAUGAGUAAUUCAGUGAAGUGCUUCUAUGCAGGAUGCCAACAUAUGUUCACACGAGUAAAUGAUUAUAUCACACACCUAAAAUCACAUGACCUAGAAAAGCCACUCCGAUUAGUAAGUACAUUUAUCAAUUGCCUUCAAAAAUUUACAACAAUGUAUAGAUUCAGCCGGCAUCUUAAAACUCAUCUACCAUUAGAGAGAAGUAGUAUGGAAUACGAGAUAAACAACGAAACGACCAAUAUCCAACAUGCAUCACCUAGCAAUUCAGAAGAGGUAAGUAGUAAAAUCACUCAAUUGAAUAUAUUAUAAAUUUUUAUUUUAAAUUUUAGCGUUGCACUUAUCCAGUGGAAAAUAAUGCUGUAUCAGUAUACCCAACAAAUCCAGUUCCUGAUAUUCUGAAGGGUAUUGAACAGAGAGCACUCAGCUUCAUACUCAAUUUGCAUAAACGAAGAAACUUCACACGGAAGGACGUUAUAGAAAUACAAGGAGAAAUUAAAACGCUAUACUCAUACCUGGAGCAGCUUAUUCGCUCAUGUGCACCGACAUCUUUAGAUCCGCAGACACAAUAUGUAUUCGACCUACUGUUAAGAAAAAUGUCUACUCUAUUUGACUUUAUCGAUACCGAGCAUAAGCUAUUCAGGUACCUGACCGAUUUAGAUCUUAUAAGAAAGCCUCAGUUAUUUAUGAUACAUAGAGACAAAAUUACCGACGUUCAUGAAUGUAACGAACCCAUUGAAAGCAAACUGUCUUAUCUAGUUUUGAUGGAUAUUGAAUUUCAAAUAAGAAAAUAUCUUGAGAGCGAAAUGUAUUUGAACAAAUGCAACGAAAUACAGAAAGCCUGAUAGGAAAAUCAAA